AUGCGCACUGAGGUCCAGCGCUGAUGCAAGAAAUAUUACAGCGUAAAGGUGUGGAACGGCUGGAGCGAUAAAAUAGUAGCUACUGGUUUGACUGGACUCAGCGUUUUUUCCUCGUCCUUUCGCAAACAUGUCAGGAGACGAGAUGAUAUUUGACCCCAACAUGACAAAGAAGAAGAAAAAGAAGAAGAAGCCCUUCAUGCUGGAUGAGGAAGGAGGAGAAGGGGUUGGAGGAGGAGAGGAGACCAAAGAGGUGGAAGCGAAGGAGGCGGAGCCAGAGCUCGGCGAUGACAAGGAGCUGGAUGUGGAAGAAGACGAGGGCAGGAAAAAAGAGACGUCAGACGAUUUGAAUGACCUGAACUUCCUCAACCAGAAAAAAAAGAAGAAGAAACCUAAAAAAGUAUUUGAUAACGAGGUAGAGGAGGGGUUAAAGGAGCUGAAAAUCGAAGGAGAGCAGUCGGAGGUGCAGGAGGACGACAACUUGGAUUUGAWGCUCCCCACCAAGAAGAAGAAGCAGAAGAAAGUGGAUUUUGACGAGGGAGAGUUGUUGGAGAAAGACGACGCAGCUCAGGAGGAUGAGGAGAGCAAAAACAAUGACGGAAUCUCGUUCAGUCCCUCCACGGGACCGGCGUGGGCCGGCUCAGAAAGAGACUACACCUACGACGAGCUCUUAAACAGAGUCUUUAACAUCAUGAGGGAGAAGAACCCCGACAUGGUGGCCGGAGAGAAGAGGAAGUUUGUGAUGAAGCCUCCUCAGGUGGUCCGAGUGGGAACCAAGAAAACCUCCUUCGUCAACUUCACAGACAUCUGCAAACUGAUGAUGUUCAGCAGGUACACUGUUGGAUUAAAUGAAUUUGGUUUUUUGGUUGAUCAUCCCGCCCUGCCGCCUCCUAGUUUUUUUUUUUUUUUUUGUUGUUGUUUUUCAGUCUGUGAUCUAAAUUCCUCGAAGAAAAGUUUGUUUGAUCACGGCUUCUUUCUUCUCACAUUUACCAGUCCACCUUUUCACCACACAAGCAGACACAUUGUGUUGAACUAAACUGAUUUACAUAGUUUUCUUGCUUUUUUAUUUGCGGCCACGGUCACUUCCUUGUUCCUCAACUCGUUUUUUUUUCUAGUCUGGUACACAUCACAACAUUUGUUAAAGAGGUCUUCAUACAAUGCUGCUCAUCAAGGGGAGACCACAGUUUAAACGACUGAUAGUGACGAUAUCUAAGAUGGAAAUAAAAACUACAGUGGGUUUUUGAGUGCUUUUGUAGCAUUGAUUUCUGAUUGAUUUUUAUUCAAUUAAUUAGACUGAAAUAUUUUGAAAAUAAAACGUUUUUGUCAAGAAGAGCAGGUUUUCAUGAGACAAUGCUUAUUAUUGAGAAGAAAAUGGAGAAAAAAAUACAUGUAAGCACUGCUAUUUUCCAGUGUGGUUAAAUAAAAUUCUAAAACAUUCUAGCUUGGAUAUUAAGUUUUGUGAUGCUGGUUGAACUGUGCUGCUCCUGUUUGCCACUCAAGGUCUGAUGAGCCAUUUUAAAAACCUGAAUUUUUACUUAAAUAAAAUCUCUCUCCCUCCA